UUGGUGGCUGUUAGCUGACGGGAACUGUGGUUAUCUCAAUUGUUGUUUUCGCUGCUUUUCCCUUCGAGCCAACAAAUUCGAACCGCUUCCAGAAAAAAACAAAAAAAUAAUCAAAUUAAACAAAAGGUGCAAAAUCUUAGAAAAUGUCCUUUCGGAUCGAGCAGGGCCACCCGACGUUCGCUCGUGACUUGUUUAUCAGGACGGUUUUGAUAAGAUUCCAGGUCUCGUUUUGCGUUUGAAAACGUAGAAAAAUAUGUCGAACCCGUCUUACUACUUUAAACCGAGGUGGCUCGACCUGUUCAACUCGUCCUGGGCAUCGGAGCGCAUCGACAACAUAGCGACGAGGGAAGGUGCCCAGCUGCUCUAUGACAGCCUUCUAGCGAACAAAGAGCUGGUAACGCUGCCGGUCGCUCAGCCUCCUUACAGCAGGCAGCCUGAAUACACUGCGAGCUACACCUUCGCCGAGUUGGAACAGCAUGUGUUCUCAUUGCUCCAGGUCCAGCGCAGACUGGCCAAGAGCUCCAGGAGCGAGUCGACCUAUUGCAUAAUUCUCAACCAGCGGUUGACGCUCCUCAAGCGGAUCCUCUAUGCUUUCACUGCUGUCAGAUAUGACCCGAAAGAGGUAUCACAAGGAGAUGAUUCGCUUGACGGUGGAGACGAUAAAUUUGCAACUGAAGUCAUCAUCGAUAGAUCUCAGAUGACAGGGUCGCAAGCUUUGGUGGAAGUCGCUAUCAGAUCGGGCCUGUCUUUAUUUUUCGCUUUGCUUAGACAAAGUUGGCAGUUCUCACAGAUGCCUGAUAGCCCGAGGAGUACGUUGUGUGGAGAUGUCUUACGUACGGCGUUGGAAGUCGUCAGGUCACUGCCUGCUCUUUCUCUCUCAAAUGAAAACCAGCUCUCGGCCCUCGGUGUUGAAACUUUGACACGCGUCUGCGACUUUUUGACUUCGGUUGCAGACCCAUCUUCUGAAGCCUUAGCAGAAGAUCGCCAGCUUGCUUGUGAACUUCUUUUACUCAUUGCAAUUCAAAGAGGUUCCCUGCCACACCUUCUCAAAUGGAUUUCGAUGGCUCUCAAAUGCUCCAGCAAUACAAGUUUCAUUAACAAAGAUGCCUUCACAGCCGCGAUUGCUUCAAUGAGCUCUCAGAUCUGCAUCCCACUCAGGGACAACCUAGAACCGAUGAUACCGUUAUACAAGGCUGCUAUUAUUCUCAUGCAAGUUGUGGUCGGCUUGGCCGGUGACUACUCGAGGAGCUGGGGGAUGGGUCAGAUGGUCGAGUACGAAUCGGACAAGAAUGGAGUUUACAUUUGGGGAAGCAAUUCCUCGAACCAACUCGCUGAGGAAAAAGCAGAUGCAAUAUUGGUAUGGAAACCUAAAAAAUCAGCAGCUUUCAACAAUGUCAAACAAAUUGAGGCAGGACAGCAUUGCACUUUUGUUGUUCACACUAAUGGAGAUGUGACGGCAUGUGGUAAAGGCACCUAUGGAAGAUUAGGCCUUGGUGAUUCCAGCAGCCAGACAACACUCAAAAGGGUCCCAUUUGAAUCCAAGAUCAAAAUGGUCGCUUCGUCUAAAGGAGGUGAUGGUCAUUCACUCGCUCUUUCAGAAGACGGGCAGGUUUUCAGCUGGGGGGACGGAGAAUAUGGGAAAUUAGGACAUGCAAACAGUAUGACUCAACGACAGCCUAAAUUAAUUGAGGCACCUUUUAAAACGCUUAAAAUCGUAUGGGUCAGUGUUGGAUUUCGACACAGUGCAGCCGUGUCGGAAGACGGUUCUCUUUACACCUGGGGAGAGGGUGAUCAAGGGAGAUUAGGUUUAGGCGAUCGUUUGGGCCGGAGCAUACCGACUCUCGUUCCUGAGGUCUCAGGAGCAGGCUCCGUUGCCUGUGGCAACUCACAUACACUUGUCCUAUCAGCGAAUGGUAAAACGGUGUGGUCCUUCGGCUCAGGUGAAGGCGGCAAACUCGGCCAUGGCAAUACAUCGAACAAAUACAAACCAACUGUCAUAGCUGCCCUCCAGAAUCUUUACAUUCGUAAAGUCGUUGCUGGAAACUGUUUUUCCCUUGCACUCACAAACAGUGGAACAGUGCUUGCAUGGGGAACGGGUGACUGUCUAGGGCUGGGUGGUGGCUAUGAGGAGGUGUCACUUUAUCCAGAAGCCAUCAGCACAUUGGCACCGAUGCACAUAGUGGACAUCGCUGCCGGUGAAACCCAUUGCCUGGCAGUGACGAACGAUGGUAAUGUUUAUGCAUGGGGCAUGAACACGUUCGGCCAAUGUGGUCUCGGCUGCACAACAUCGCCUAUCGGACGUCCACAAAUGGUUGCCGGCAUGGACAGCGGGAUGGUCAAUGUUGUGUCUGCUGGGACUUCACACAGUGCUGCCUGGUCGUCACCACCAUGUGGCAAUUUCAGUGAGGCCUUAGCUUGGCACUGCCCAUUUUGCGUCGAACUCAAAGAAGGCACUUUUUCACUCCUUUUACAAUUUCUGCAGUGCUACUGCAGUACAUUCGAAGGCGAUGUUCAAUCUCCAUUCAGCAAUCAUGAAGAACAUGAACUAUUUGCUGUGCUCUGUCUUCGACUCCUCUGUACUCACCUCUCAUUAUCGCAAAUUGUAAAUGUUGAUUUGGCAUGCUCAAUCAUCUGUGGUAAUCAGGCCGAACUCCUCUGCCAAUAUCUCUUCAAGCUAGUGGACCUUCCUACUCCCAAAUCAAUAUCGCUUCUUGUGACCGAGUGCCUGGCUGUCGGUGCAUCUCUUCUGCUGCCACCAUUACGGCAAAGAUUGGAACUCUUACACUCUCUCCUUUCUUACGGGUCCAAUCUUUCAAAAGGACAGAAAAUGCUCUUAAAUAUUAUUGUCGCAAGCCUUGAAGAGCGAAGUCAGUUGAGGUCCUUGAUAAUACAAUGUGGGUCCAAAGAGGCCGAAUGCCAGAAUCUAAAAUCAAAAGACUUCAAACUCAUAGAAAACCUCCUGGAAACGCUCCUGCAAAACUUGAGCGUACAGACGUUCGAGUUGCUUGAUUUGAUCGAGAGUCAUCUUGAGAAAGGCGACGUGCCCGAGAGUGUUUGGAGGAUAAGACUGAACAAUUCUUGCCAUCUGCAAGACCUGCUGACAUCGCUCCACACUCACCUUCUAUCCCAUUCAUCCACAAACACCGAUUUGACACAGGGUUCUUCCAAACUUCUUCACAAUCAUAUUAAAAUGCUUCUGCUUUUAGCAGGGAAAAUGUUCACGAGGAUGUCAUCGAUUAUGGAAUCUCACCCAGCCUACAUUGAUCGUCUAUGUGAUGUGUUGUACUAUUCUUUAGCGGGAUAUCUGCUUUCCAAUUUAGUCCAUUCCAUGUUAAUUUUCUCUAUUGGAUUCGUACAGCCUUUGCUUAGCGAUUUGAUCACCCUUUUAUCACCGCUUGACAAGUUCAACCGGCUCAUCCCAUAUGACGGGGAGGAUUCAGAAGCCAACACGCCUACUGUGACGGAUCCAAACCCGAAAAAUACUUGGGCUUGGGCAAUUGACCUGGAAAGGGCUUGCGGCCUUGUUGUCGGCCAGUGCUUCGGCGGGAUGGUUGCAGGACCUCCUCUCAGCACCCAGGAAAAGGAAACUUUAGUUUGGCUCAAUGAAAGUCUCUUCCACUAUGGCUUAGAAGAGCUUUCAAACACUUACGACAUAAGAAGUAUUAUCGAUAUUUUUUCAUCAAUUGAAAAUGAAUAUAAACAAGUGAAACCUUAUGAACUUUAUGACAAAUAUAUGGAAACGAUAGGUCUGAAAGAAUCCCAUUUUUUAAGGGAUAUUUUUUCUGAUGAGGACAAAGGAUAUCUGCACUUUUCAGAAAAAGAAAUAGAAAACGAUAAACUCCUGUGCAGCUUGAGAGAAUACGCUUCAUCUGUCGAUUUAGGAAAUAUUCUUGAUAACAUUCCUUUGAUCACCGUAACAAGGAUAUUUUUAUUGUGCUUAAUUAAACACACAGGAGUCAAUCCUUAUAAGACUGGUGUUUGGAACGAUCCGAGCAUGCUCGAGCUUUACCGGACAGCGCUUAGACUCCGCUGUUCAUUGCUUUGCUGUGAUAAAGAGACUGAAGAGGACCAGUGUAGUGAAAGUUUAGACAUAGGAGAGGACAAGAUUAAAAAAAUGUGUACCAAGUUAGAAGAUAGGUGUAUUUUCCUACUCGUUGCCGUCAGGGGUCCAAAUUCCCGGCCUUGGUUCGAUAAAUCAGAAGAGAAAUGCACUCAUGAAAGCAGUGUUUUUGUUACAAGACCGAGUGAAGAUCUGAGAGGAAGCACCUCCUGCAAACUCCAUGAAUCGUGUGCUUUGAUAAUGAAUUUUGUACUUGGUGUUUGUAAAGGCAAAUACCUCUCUUCUGGGAUCGAUGAAGGCAGUUGUACAGAUUUUUCUACCCUUUUUAGUGCAAUGUCAAUGGAACAGGAGAGGGCAGAGAUUCGUUUGAAUGCGCUUCACCAAAUACUUGAGCUGUUGCAAACCAAUAAGGAUUUGGAUGAAAAUGGUUGCACUGAAGGAUCACCGUCCAUGUUACUAAAUUGUGUUCAUGAACAUCUUUUAAGCGGCUGUUUUGGCCUUUGUGAUGAGCUGUCAAGCCACCAACUGUAUGACUAUCUCGAUCAUAUCAGAACGGCGCUGCCUUCCAUCAAAGAUGAAGUGACCAAAGCCAUUCACUCAAUAUACUCGAUAAUGAUCGCUUCUAUCAAGUACAGGCUGCACAACUGUGAUGAUGUCAAAUCUCAAAAACUGCAGACGCUCACUUUAUACACUUUGAGUGUUAAAUAUUUCCCGAAAGAUUUGAAGCAUGUCGUCGAGUGUGAACUUCUGCCCGUACUCGUCGAGAUAGCUCUUGUUGAACCCAAGAGCACGCUUUCCAAAGCAAGCAUUAAUCUCAUACGAAUUAUCGCAAUUUCAACAACAAUCCAUGCUGAAAUCCUAGAACCAGCUGUGAUUAACAGUGUUGUAAAAGUUCUGCACACAUAUCUGGAAAAUAUAGUUAAGCUUUUAAGCCCAUCUGUUGAAUCUAGCCCAGACUUCUCUUUGCUGUUAACUGACACAAAAGAAAUGGAAUACCAUUUGAGCGACCUCCUUCUCCUUGUUGUGAGCAUGUGUUGCUCACCGAUAAUUAGGGAAGUGCUCAGCGCGAGCUCAUGGACUGGCGCUCUUCUCGCUCUCUUAAAUGUAAGCCGAGCCGGCCACUCUUACCUUACAGUGCUCAAACCCCGGCUUCUAAUUCUAGAACUUCUGGCUAAACUCUUACCAUCACAGAAAGCAACACAGGAGGACAAAGAACAGGUUGUAAGGGUGUUGUUUCGCCAGUUGUCUGCUAAUAUGUGGGUUAUCCCACAAACCCUAGCCGAAAGAAAAGCGUAUUUGAAAGAAAUGGAUCUCGACAUACAUCUGGGCAGACUGACUAGCCCUUCAGCAAGCACUACUAUGAACAACGUGAAUGCAAACGACAGCACGCUCAUGAUGGAAAUAGGCUUUGAUCCUGAAAAAGUCAUGUGCUGUACGGUCGAUGGAGGGAACAUGCUCGUCCACGGGAAGGGGGGCAGGGGCUACGGCCUGGGCAAUAUUUCCAUUACUUCAGGCUGUUACCAGUGGAAAUUUAUAAUUACAAAAGAACACAAAGGGAACGAAGGAACUUGUAUUGGUCUAGCCAAGUGGCCUUUUCAGGAUUACAGUCACAGAACGACAAAAGAGAUGUGGCUCUAUCGCGCUUACAGUGGAAAUCUUUACCAUGGAGGAGAACUACGUCUCAGCCUUCCAUCGUUUACACAAGGUGAUAUCAUAACGACAGUCCUUGACAUGGAUGCGAGGACCUUGAGCUUCGGGAAGAAUGGUGAUGAGCCGAUUAUCGCAUUUCAAGAAUUGGACCUGUCAGCACCUUUGUACCCGUGUGUUCUCUUUUACAGCACAAACCCUGGUGAAAAGGUCAAAAUCACCGAAAUGCAAAUAAGUGGUGCACCAAGAGAGCUGCUCGCCGGUGACCCUCAAUGUGCACCAGUUCCAAUUCUGAUGACCGAAGCUUACAUCACACUGAUCAGAACAUUGCACAAUACUGAAUACUGGGGUCCACAGGUGAAUGAGUGUAUUAUGGAAAGAUUAAACCAAGCAAAGGAUUUGCUGCCUGACUUGCCAUUGAACUUGAGGGAAGAUAAUCUUUCACCUUUGAAAUACAGUGCCGUCGACCUGACUGAUAAAUAUGCAGGGAGCAGUUUGCCCCAGAAGGAAAUAGAUCUUGACCAGUUGUGCAAAGAGGUGUGGCCCGCUUUGGCGGUUAUCGGCGGGCUUGAUCAUGGCCUGCGCGUCGGUGGUGUAUGUCUUCACAAGCAGUCGGGUAGAAAAGCGACUGUUUUGGGAACGUUGAAACAAGGAAUGACCAAUGUCAAAGUCAUGUGGCAUGACAUGGAUUUCACAGUGAGUGACUGUCCAUUGACAAGUUUGGAACCUUUUGAGGAAGUUCCAUUUGACACUUACAAAUUGCCGGAUCUUUCACCAGAUAUUUGGAUGUAUUUGGCACGUCUGAGCGGCUUCACAUCAGAGUUGGAAUUCCCCAAUUACAAUUUGUCUUCGAAAGAGGAAGAAUUGAUCUCACAUACAGCUGAAAGUGAUGAAGAAAACAGGCAGGAGGGGAAGUUUUCCCGUUCGGUUGAGAUCCUCUCUAACCAGAUGGUGACAAACAUAAUCGGUGAAAUCACCCGAAAAGGCAAUGCCGAGGUGACAAUACAGAAUUCAGAGGACCUGGAAGCACAGAAAAAGGAAUUCGACAUGCGUAUAGCGGCGAAAUGGGCUGUCAACAACAAGCUACUUGAGUGCGAAGGGAAGACAUUGAGGCUAUGCAUCCUUCAGUUGUGUGCCAUGAAAACGAUCGCGACAUUCGUCUCUUGCAACAAAUACAUUGAAAUUCUACUCGAUCCAUCAUCUGAAAUAAAAAUGCCACCAAAAGAUGAGGGACUCGAGGAAUUGGUUAAGAAAGAAGUCUCACUGGAACAGGAUGAAAUGCUCAAAGAAACGCUACACUUCAUACUUAGGUGUUUUGUAGAACGAUGCAUUGAAAGAUCGAUCCAGCCUUGGCUCAGUAAUAUAAGAGAUCUGGAGAGGGUCAUCAGUGUGAUACAUAGCAAUCAUAUAAAAUCAAAUGCCGAGCACCACCACAGAGUACCACAGCUCGAAGCAAGAGUCAAAGCAUUAGGAAAUGUCCAACGGUUCAAUUCUUACCCUGUUGGUCACCAACAAUCCAAGGCUUCGACUGCAGAACAUAAUCAGCCUUCGAUUCCAUCGACGUCACGAGGAAGACUUGAUUCGAGGAUUCAGCAGGCUUGUAGAAGCUCGUACUGGGCGACUGUCACCUCUGCGUCGUACCAGACACAGAUGUUGUUGCAGGAAAAACAGACAGCAUCUCAGUCAUUGACGAACAUGAGGUCACCGUCGCCUCCUCAUAUCCCAGUUGUCACGCCAUUAUUAGACAUGGGUUUUUCACUGAGACACAUAAAAAAAGCCAUACAUGCCACAGGCCAUACUGGGAUAUUUACGGCUGCUGCAAUAAACCAGCUGGCCACUUGGAUGUUAGAGAACCCUUCCAUUGAAUCAGACAUAUUAAGCACGAGUACAGCAUCUUCCCCUUGCAUAGACUCAUCGCCGAUGGCAGACCCACGGGGCAUAGGCAACCUCUACCUCUGGGAAGUUGAGGUCGAUUCUUCCCAUCACCGUAGAUAUUUGGCACCAAGAAGGAGACCUUGUUCCGACAUUAGGAGCUAUUUGAUUGACCGAGCUGUCAGUACAUUGGAUCGGUAUCGAGAAAGGGAACACGUACGGGGUGAGGCGCAACCACUCUGUUCGCAGAGUACACAAACCCUUGCUGACAUAGCUGUCAACUCUCUCUCCUAUUCGAAUCUUUCAGCAGUUUCGGGCAAUCAGUGUGGUCUAUGCAAAAGGAGCUACACACAACUUGCAAACCACAUGCUCUCAAGUCAUCCGGGAUGCCGCAACACUUGGAAUUCCAGCAUCUGUGGAAAAGUUUAUGGAAAUGAAUAUGUGCUUUGUAUGGACUGCCAAGAUUUGUACAGAGGCUUAAUCGAGGAAAGGGUUCAAAAUAAUGAUUCUCAAUUACCUUCACCCAACCUGAUAACAGAUCUCGAGGCAUCUUACGAGUAUGCACCAUCAUUUUUUGAGGGCCCAUUAGACUUGAUGAAAUUGGAAGAACUUGGCAACGCUUUCAGUGUCGUGAACGUCAAUUCGGUCCUGGAGCCGGUGACAUUCCAUGCGCCCGACCCACUCGGCUCCUCUUUCAUACCCAACAUCACAUCGGCAUCAAAACCUACGACGACAACAAACGGCUUGGGCAUACAGAGCGACACUCCCCUCGGUGAACAAGCUGCGACUCUCAACUCGAGUAAAGACAGAAUAGAAAUACUCAAAAAAAUCACCAAGGUGGCACAAACUGCCAUUUCACGUUUUGUCAUUAUGGAAGCACUCACACAUCUAACAAACAGUGGAGCAAAUACAAAUUUGUCGUAUGGUUUGGGUGCCAUCGGCUUGAGCGAUGUGAGAAAAGUCGUCCGUCUCAUGACACUGAUGGCGACGACGCAGUCGAAAGCACUGCCAAACCUGAGCACGGCGAUUGCGUCUAUUAUUUCCAAUGAUCAAUCAGCGAGCAAACUCGUUAUUUAUAUGUGUGCACAGGAACUUUUGACAAUAGCUAAUAAAGGACUUCAUUCAAGCGUAUUUGCGGUUACACAAUCUCUUGUUGAAAUGCUCACAUCUCAUGUAGGAUCAUUGAUAAAAUCCAAAAAUAAAAAUGACGAGGAUAAAAUACCUGGAAGUCCUACUGACAAUAAAUCAUUAAGCCCGCUGUUGUUGGCGAAUGCGCUUUCGGCCUGCAUACUUUCAACUAAAUUGACUCCAACGAUCAGACAAUGGGCUGCACAGCAACUGGUCGUCUGCCUGUCGAUGAAAAGCACCAUUUUACCGAAUCACAUCUUGGAAACACUGAACAUGGCCGACUUGACCGGCGUCCUUCCUAAAGAUAUCGAAUGUUUCGUCCAAGGACAUGACAACAAGAUAAGCAACUUGGCUUGGCAUCCUUUUCAACAUCAGCUCGCUUCAAGUGGAUAUGACAGCACAGUGAGACUUUGGUGUCCUGAUACGCAUUCUUUAGAGCAGACGUUAGUUUAUAGAAAAUCAAUGAAUGUCUAUGGAAGCGAACUCCAUGGUGAAGUCAUUUCUAAUUUAUGCUGGUCUCCAAGUGGAACUUACUUAUCUGCAUCAAUGGAAAACUCGCUCAAUAUUUGGUGUCUAAACGAAGAGGGCAAGAUAAGCGGCGAGUGUUAUAUCGACAGUGACACAGACUGGAUCACUUCGCUCUGUUGGCCUGCAAACCGUCUGGAACCGAAUGAAACCGAAAACCUUCUGAUAGGAUGUAUCAAUGGAACUGUGUCUGUGAUAAGUGUAAAGCCAAAUUCGUAUACAAAGGUAGAGUUAGCCCACUGCUCUCAACCCAAUGCAUCUGUGAUACAAAUCGUGUGGCACACUGAAGAAAAACUCUUUGCCAUUGCGUUUUCUGAUGGCACUCUUAGAAUAGGAAAUAUGAUAAAUAAGAAAAACAUAGCAACAAUUCAAGCGCACGAAACGACAAUAAACGCAAUACAAUGGUCCCCUGAGAGUGAAAUGUUGGCGUCCUGUUCAAAUCAAGACAAGACUUGCAAAGUUUUCAGCCAGAAUGACAAAGGAUGGACAUCGAUUUACAAUUUGCCACACAACCAUGAUCUGUCAACACUCACUUGGUCACCAAUUAUUGGAAAAGGUACACGGCCGUACCUUCUGUGUGUUGGCACUGCAUCAGGUAUAAUUUACGUGUGGCUGCUGCCAAGGCCUGGGAACGAUGCAACUUCAUCCCUCUUGCAUACUCUCCAAGGCCAUUUGUACAAUCCGGUGACAUCACUUUCUGUCGAUCCGACUGGAUUUGUCCUCGCUUCCGGCUGUGGAAAGGGAACAAGCGGUGUACUCAACUUGUGGUCGUUAAACGAAGGUUGUGUAUUUCAAACACAUACCGGCACUGGCGGUGUACAAUCAGUUGCCUGGAUGGACAUGUACGGUCUGGCCGUAGCUUUCAGCAGAUCAAAAGAUAUUAAUGCUGUGGGGCCCUCCAGAAAAUCACUCAUUCUACCUAUAAGCCGUCACAAUUUGAUGAAACGCGGCAUAUUCGGUCUGCACACUGCUCCUUGUCUGGUGUCCCUCAUAGAAAAUCUACCUCUCCUAUUGACAAAGCAGUGUGUCUACGAGACCCCGUUUGUCAACAACGGGCAGCAGUUGAUUUGUAGUGAUUAUUUUAAAUGCUUGGUCGCACUAACAUUAUCGCUCUCAUUAGAUGGCAUACUUUGCUAUGACCGUGGCCCUCCAAAUGACGAAGAAUCUGUCACCUUGUUGCCCGAAGGAGCUUGGCUGCGUACAAUCAGCCUUGCUGCCAAAGCGGCACAAGCGCUCGUGUGCAGAAGUCAAUUUGCACCUGAGUUUAUUGCUCAAAAACCUGAAAUUGCUCAACCUGAGUACUGGUCUCUUGCUAUUGACAACAGUGCAUGGACCUUAAAAGCGGAUGAAGAAAUCAUCUCCUGGUCAACAACAAUGCCUCAAGACUGGCAAAUGGGCUCGAGGUGUGAAGCAUAUCUAUGGGGCAACGGACGACACGGACAGCUCGCGGAAAUAGGGCACAGUUCGCACAGGCCAGUUCUGGCCGAGUCAUUUUCAAACGCACAACAAAUCAUCUGCGGUCAGAACUGUACCUUUGUGAUACAAGCAAAUGGUGUCGUAUUGUCCUGCGGCGAAGGCAGCUAUGGCAGACUAGGCCAGGGCCAUGCAGACGACCUCCACUCGUUGAGCAUCAUAUCAUCACUUCAAGGUUUUGUAAUAAUACAAUUGGCUACUUCAUGCGGCUCCGAUGGCCACAGCUUAGCCCUCGCAGAAAGCGGGGAAGUCUUUUCAUGGGGAGAUGGUGAUUUUGGCAAAUUAGGUCAUGGCAAUAGCGAGAGACAACGUAGGCCGAGGCAAAUAGAAGCUCUUCAGGGUGAAGACGUAGUCCAGGUUGCAUGCGGUUUUAAGCAUAGCGCAGUUGUCACUUCAGAUGGCAAACUUUUCAUGUUUGGAAAUGGUGAUUAUGGGAGGCUCGGGGAUGGCACUACGAGCAACAAAAAACUCCCGGAACGGGUGCAAGCUUUAGCAGGCAUUGCCAUCGGCCAAGUCGCCUGUGGCCUCAAUCACACAGUCUGCGUUUCUCAGGAUUGUACAAUGUGCUGGUCAUUCGGUGAUGGUGAUUAUGGUAAACUUGGCUUAGGAAACACCACAACAUAUCAUACGCCUCAGAAAAUAGAAGCGUUGUAUGGGGAGUUUAUAAAGAAAGUCUGCUGCGGUGCGCAGUUCACGGCUUUUCUCACGUUAAACGGUAAAGUUUUCACCUGUGGCGUCGAAAGGCUGAUUGGACUUCCUGAGUGCCGAUACUCAAAUCAUACCCGGCCCCAGUUGGUCUCUACGCUUUCAAUGCAUUUUAUUGAGGACAUUGCCGUCGGUGCAGAACACACUUUGGCAUUGACUUCAGAAGGCCUUGUAUUUGGAUGGGGUAACAAUUCUGAUGCCCAACUCGGACUCGGCCAUUCGGCACUUGCUGUCAAACAGCCCUUGCCAAUUCCAGUUUUAUCUGACAAAGGAAUCAAACAAAUUUCUACUGGAAGAUCACAUUCAGCAGCUUGGUCUGUACCUCCCGUACCGAGAAGGAAAUCAGGUAUCACAAGAAGUACGCAGUUUGGACUUCCUGCGUCCAUUCCCUCUCAGUACGGCCAUUUACAAAAUACUCCUAUACCAGCGAUCCAAGCAAGGCUCAGUUUACUCCAUCUCUUUUCGGAUACCCUGUAUUCUUGCUGGCGUGUCCUUCCUCUUUGUGCUGAGGAAGCACCAUGGUCUCAGAUUUUCCCUUAUGGGUGGUUGGGCUCACCGGUUCUCCGGCCGUUACUCUUACCAAGAGUGUACACUCUGCCGUUGGUGAGAUGUCUUGGAAGGACGAUGGUUCAAGGUCGUAAUUAUGGCCCUCAAGUCACCGUCAGCAGGCUCAGUGCGACAAAACGGACAUCGAACACAAUCGAACCGAUAUUCACCCAGAUCGCAAGACAGGUCGUAAAGAUGAAAGCUUCCGAUCUAAGAUUGCCGUCACGGGCUUGGAAGGUUAAGUUAGUCGGUGAGGGUGCAGAUGAUGCAGGUGGAGUUUUUGACGAUACAAUAACAGAAAUGUGUGAAGAGAUGUUGAACGGAACAAUUCCUAUUUUGAUCCCGACGCCAAAUACAACAAACGAUACAGGAUACAGCCGUGAUAGAUACCUUCUAAAUCCUUCUCUCACCGAACCUCAUCAUCUUCAGUGGUUCAAAUUUUUAGGAAUUCUUUUUGGUGUGGCUGUAAGGACGAAAAAGCCAUUAGCGUUGCCGCUUUCAGCUAUAGUCUGGAAGCUUCUCGUUAAGGAGCAUGUCUCGUGGGACGACUUGGAAGAAAACGACGCCUUGUAUGCUCAGAGUCUUAGAGGAAUUCGUGACAUACACCAGUCAGGUGUGACUGAAGAGACGUUUUACGAGGUCAUCCCACUUGAGUGUUUCGAAGGGACGAGCUGGACGGGGAAAAUGGUGCCUAUAGUCCCAGGUGGAAGGAGCAUACCAUUGACGUUCCAGAAUAGGCUCCAAUACGUUGAACAGGCUGUUAAUUUCAGGCUUCAUGAGAUGGAUAUGCAGGUUGCAGCUGUUAGAGAAGGCAUGGCUUGGAUAAUCCCUGUACCACUUUUAUCGUUGGUGACUGCAAGCCAUUUUGAACUUUUGGUCUGUGGCCUACCCCAUAUUUCGAUUCCACUUUUGAAAAAAAUCGUUCGUUAUCGAGAUUUGGAAGCUGGCUCACCAUUGAUCCAGUGGCUGUGGGGAGCGUUGGAGAGUUUCACAGACGCAGAGAAGGUCCUUUUUAUGCGAUUCGUUUCAGGAAGGUCAAGACUUCCAGCCAACCUUGCUGACGUAUCCCAGAGAUUUCAAGUGAUGAGGGUCGACAGGGCUGCGGAUGGUCUUCCAACUGCGCAGACUUGCUUUUUCCAGCUCCGCCUGCCACCGUACUCAAGCCCUGAAAUCUUGGCCGAGAGGCUGAGGUACGCUAUCAACUCAUGCAGGUCCAUCGAUAUGGACAACUACAUGCUGACGAGGAACAGGGAUGCUUCCGAUGAAUUUUCUGAUGAAUAUUAAAUGUUACUCUUUUAUAGUGAAAUGUUACAUUUUUAUUUAUUAACUUUUUUCUUCUUUUUUUUUUUUUACUUUUGUUACUUUGUUCUACAGUUUAUCCGUUGGAAAGACAUUUAAUUAAAAAUUACUCAUUUUUGUGAAAAAUAACCUAUAUUUAUUUAAAAUGUACAGUCUAAAAAAAGAAAAAUAUCACGAUUUUUCUAAUUACAAACAUUACUAUUAAGUAUGAUUCCUAUAAUGACAUUAAUUAAAAAAAAUAUAUAUAAAAACCCUGAAAAGUCUGAGUAAGCAUACAUAUAUACAUAUAAUAUUUGUAUUUAUAAUAAAUGUUUCUAACAGUGCUGUGAAUAUAUAAUAGCAUAAUUGAAUAUUAUAUAUGUAUUUGACUUUAAACAAAUGUCAUAUUUCAAAAGUAAUACAUGCUGUAAUAUUAUGUUGCCUCAAAGGCAAUUAAAAAAAAAAUUAUAACAACUUAAUCUAUGGUGAGAGUUCUGAAAGAGCCAUCCAUUAUAUUUAUAGAAUUUUUUUUGUCUAAUCUCUUGUUGUUGUUCGCAAUCCAGGGAUUGGUUUUAAACCAGUCUCUGUUUUUCUCAACCUUUGAUUUCCAUGUUUCUGAAAAAUGGGGGAAAACAUUGUGGUCAUUAGUUAUUUUUCACCAAACAAAGACGUAAAUGUAUGUGCAAUAAAUAAAUGAAUGUUUAUUAUCGUCAA